UUCUAAUCAAGCGAUUCCACGAUGAAAUAAAAGGUGGUUUGUUAGAGAGGAGAGCCCAGCUGCUACAAUCAUUGAGAAAUUUGGAUGAUUUUUAUGCAGAAAUGAAAUGGGAAUUCUACACUUGGGUGCCUCUUCUCUCUCGUCUCCUUCCUAAUGAUAUUUGUCGUAUUUAUAAAACAGAUACAGCCAUUAGGUUGGACUCCACUAUUGGUGAUUUCACAGAGAUGCAGUGGUCCAGAGGUGACAUUAGUUUCAUAUACAAUGGAGAAACGGCCGAAGGGCUGUCAGUGGUGGCACUCGACAACAAAAAGAAAAUCUACCAGCGAUUAUCAUUAAACAAUAGCGAAUCAGUUGAUGGCGAGGUUGAAGAUCGCAUUGACAUGUUAAUGACCAGGCCAAUAGUGUAUGCCAACAUGUCCACUCAACCCAUCAAUGUCACCAGGGCUCAGACCGGCUUCUUGUUUUUUAAGUCAGACAGGACAGAUCAAGUUGGUAAUUAUACUGCUGAUGUGUACAACAUAACUGACCUCAUCUUGAUAUCAAGGAAACGUCGGGAACACUUAACUCCAGAGCAGAUAAAACAUUUCGAGGAAUUAUCCAAACAGGUAGAGUCAGGCAAUAUAGCAAAGGAGCUAGAAAAAGAGAUGACUGAAGCAGAGAAUUCUACGGAAGACAAUGAAUCAAGCGAUAGCAAAGAACACUGCAUCUCCCUCCCUCCCCCUCCUCCCUCCUCAAUGACGUGGGAUCAGUAUCUGUCAAGUUCAAGGGUUCCUAGUUUAGGGAGGAAGAUGGAUUUGAGAGUUGAUAGGAGGAGCUUCAGAUCUACUGUCUAUAUGUGUAAAGAUUGCCCUAUUGAAAUGAAAAAGUUGUUGGACAUUCUUGAGGUCAUAGCACCGUAUAAACACUUUCACAAGUUGAGACAGUUUGUUAAUUUAAAAUUACCGCCUGGCUUCCCUGUUAAAUUAGAGAUACCAGUGUUUCCUACUGUGACAGCCAUUAUUACAUUACAAAGUUAUAAAACUAGUCAGUUCCCUCCAUCGCAUUUCCUUAUACCAAGAGAUUAUACAGAGUUUAAGGACUCGAACUGAGCUGUUGGUGUUAUAUUUUUCAUUGAAAUCUCCACGAAACAU